UCUGUGAGUCAACUUACAAACCCUGGAGCCUGUAAACACUCUUUCUUUUAUUAUUUUUAAUUGGAAUAACCGCCAGAUAAUCAGGAGACUCUCGGGAGGAAUUUUGGUGCGUAAUUUGUGCGGUGUGUGGUUGCUGAGCCGCAGAAGUAGUUGUGUCUCCUUCUUUUUUUAACGUUAAAUACCCCAUUUUUCAAUGGAGUAGCUAAAUCACAGGUAAAGACUUCAAAAAGAGCGGCUUUAUUCUCCGUCGCCUGGAACACACAGGCGGAUCUGAUGUGCAGAUUCUUCGUAGGAUGGUAAAUGACCAAUGGGGAAUCAUGAACAGCUCUUCUGAACUCGAAGAUGGGACUCGGCAUAAAAACCAGACGUUCUGUGAGUGUGUGCCCAGCUCCUCCCAGCUCAAACAUCGCUGGUCAGACUCAGAAACUGCCAGGGAGACCCCGGCCAAGAGGAUGAGCUGCAGCUACCUGCUUUGCACUAUCCUGCUCUUCGUGGCUGUAUUGCUAGCUGUCACUGUAACUGGCACCAUCCUUUUUAUGAAUCACUACCAGGCCCCACCCAUGUCUGAUGGCCUACCCCACAUCUCUACCAAUCAGGAUGAAGCCAAUGCCUUGGUCACUGUUGAGAGAGGCGAUGGCUCUCGCGUCAACAUCUUCAUCGACCCCAACUGUCCUGACUACAACAGUAACUUUUUGCGCCUGGAGGGUGUACAGACAUCACUGCUCCACUCACUAACUGACCACGACUCUGACCUGAAGUCAGUGAAAGGCCAGGAUCGGGCUCUUCUUGUCAGUCUGGCUGAGGAGGUGGCCAAGCUGUCAGCCCAUGCGGGGCAGCUGAAAAUGGACUAUGAAUCCUUACGCAGGGGGCAAGGCAGCCUGGGGCAAGACCUUAACACACUGCAGACGGAGCAGGGACGCCUCAUACAGCUGAUGUCAGACAGCCAGAUCAACAUGGUGAAGGUAGCGAACUCAGUGAAUGAUGCUCUUAAUGCCAUGCAGAAGGAGAAUGUGGGCCUCAAGGCGCGUGUCAAGGCCGACUUACAGAGGGCACCAGUCAGAGGGGCUCGUCUGAAGGGCUGCUCCAAUGGCUCACGUCCUCGUGACUGCGGUGAUCUGUACGCCAGUGGACAGCGAGAGGAUGGCAUCUAUUCUGUGUUUCCUGUUCACCACCCCGCAGGCUUCCAGGUCUACUGUGACAUGACCACAGAUGGAGGAGGCUGGACGGUGAUCCAGCGCAGGGAGGAUGGCUCGGUCAACUUCUUCAGAGGAUGGGAGUCCUAUCGGGAGGGAUUUGGCAAGAUCACCGGUGAACACUGGCUUGGACUGAAGCAGAUUCAUGCCCUGUCCAUUCAGGGAAACUAUGAGCUACGUAUUGACUUGGAGGACUUUGAAAAUAGCACCGCAUUUGCCCAGUAUGGUACCUUUGGAGUAGGCCUCUUCUCAGUGGACCCCGAUGAUGAUGGAUACCCUUUGACUGUGGGAGACUAUUCUGGCAAUGCAGGUGACUCUCUGCUGAAGCACAAUGGGAUGAAGUUCACCACCAAAGACAAGGAUAACGACCACUCAGAGAACAACUGCGCCUCCUUCUACCACGGUGCCUGGUGGUACCGCAACUGCCACACCUCCAACCUUAACGGCCAGUACCUGCGUGGUCAGCACACCUCCUAUGCUGACGGCAUCGAGUGGUCCUCCUGGACUGGCUGGCAGUACUCCCUCAAGUUCUCCGAGAUGAAGAUACGACCUACCCGCGACCCAGAGAAUAAAUGAGAAAGACAAAAGAGAAAGAAGAUAAAAAGAAGAAAUUUUAUGAAACAUUACAAACCACAACUUCUGACAGCUAGGUGGAGUUACUUGUCUUGAUAUUGUUUAUUCACUAAAACAUACCUCUUUGAGUUAAGUCGAUUCUGCUGUUUUCCUCCUGAUGUUUCUCUCCCUUUUUGCUCCUCUUCCUCCAUCACUCAGCUACUAGUGUCAUGCUGGCUACCAUUAUCCCUCCUUCCCCCAUAGUCCCUUUCUUAAAAAAAAAAAUAAUAUAACCAUCAUCCCUUUAUUUUUGAUCAUUCAGUUAAUAAUAACUGCAAACCCAGAGCUCCGAACCCACAGUCCACUGCGCUAGCUUUACUCAUGGUGGUCCAACCAUCUCCUGCAGAAUCACACACCAGUGCUUUCCUCUUGACAUGUAACUUCCAUCUGUGCUGACAUGGCACUUGGAUUGUGGUUCAGUGUCGAUGCCCACUGCUGUAUAAUCUGUGGCUGGAGAGAGUCUUGCUCUAAAAAAAAACCUUCACAAAAUAUGAAGAGGAGAUACAAAUCCUCCUUCCUCCACCUCUGCAAAGGAAAUCCAGGAGGAGUUUCCCCAGUGAGAAAGGACAGCGCAGUGGUAAACUAUGUCACAUUUACAUCCUUGAUCUGUGUGAAUGAGACCCAGCAGGGUAGUGGCAAGAAGUGUGGGGCCUAAGAUAAUGAGAGAGAGACAGAGACAGAGAGAACGAGGAAACAAUUUGACAAGAGUUAAAUUAGUCGAAGCUAAAGACAGAGUAAAUCAACGGGGAGAGAGGAAGUGGAAGAAGAGGAGGUGCAAAAAGGAUGAAAAAGAGAAAUGAGAAAAAGAAAGAGACAACGGAGGAUCUCAUUCAUCUGACUUGGGCCAUUAGGGAGCAUAUUGGGCACUUUGUCUGAUUUGCCUGCCAGCUGAGUACUGGCCAACUGAUGCAGCACUCACAGAUGGUAACCCAGCACUUUGUGUGUGUGUGUGUGUGUGUGUACGUGCAUAUGCGUGCGUGUCUGGAUUUACGUGUGUGUGUGUGUGUGUGUCUACAGAGAGAGACAGACAGAGUUCUCUCACACUAUCAAUUUCCUGUCAUGAGUUCAGUGGAGCGUCUUGACUGACUACAAUGUUUAGCACAGACAGACUAAACAUGAUGCAUGGCUGGCAUACCUUCACUCUCUCCAUCUAAGUAGUUAACAUGAAAUAACAAAGCCUGUAAAGUAUGUACAUGUAUUAAGAAGGAAAAGACAACAAUUUGGAGAAGAAUUGGGAAGAAUGGAAGAGAAUCAAAGAGUAAUCAAAGACUGUGUCAUACCUACACUGUUGAUCUUAUUUUCUUACCUGUUGAAGAAAGUCACACUUUUGCCAACAAUUCCCCUUCCCUCUUCUCUGGUUUGUUCUCUGUUUUGUAAUUUUUUUCUCCUUUCCAGGUGAUUACUAUGACAUUUUUUUUGUGUGACACAGUUUCUCUUGUCAUGCAAGCGGACAGAAAGUUUCUGUAUAAUAAGAUUUGACGCUCUCAACCACAGUCUUUUUCUUCUGAGUAGGAAUUCUACAAUGUGUUAUGGCAAAAACAAAAUUGCCUAAAGCAAACAAAAAAAAGAAUGACAGAAAAAUGAAAAAAAAAAUUAUGAAGAAAAAACAAAGGCAACCUAUGGGCAGAAAAUAGUGCAAUUCCGAUUUUCUUUCUGUCUCUUUUUUUUAAGUCGGUGAAUCAACUUUUUUCAGUUUCAUCGAGUUUCUUUGGAUGUAUUAAAAGCUUUAAAAAAUAUCUGUAGAUUUCAAUGUACAGUGUGUAUGACUUUUAGAGCAUGUGAAGCCGUUUUCUUACUAUGCUAAAACACAAAGAGUACUCAAGCACAUGGACAAAAAUCCACUGGUUAAAAAAAAAAUGUAAGUAAUGUAUUAGAGAACCUUUUCCCUUCCUCUAUGUGAGCGACAGGUGGGAGUGGCCCAGGCUGCACCGAAGGUCAAAUAUAUGAAUGAAGAGGAGGAAUGUGAUUAUCCCUCAAGCACAUGCCCAUUCAAAUCUGCAGCACAAAUAUAAAUCUUUUACGGAGGAACAAUAUGAGAGAGAUUUCAAACCUCUUGGCACGUUAGCUGCCUUGCUGGACAUAUGUGAUCUUUCUGACAUUUUGGCUUUGGAAAGUCUUGUGGCACUGUCCGGGAGACAGUUUUGAAUGUGUGUUGAAAGGUGUCGUCCCAGUUGACAGUGAGUUAACGUGUAGCACUGAGCAACGCUGCACUGAAUACCUCUGACACUGGAACAGCUGUGAGUUUUUCUGUCAUCACCGGUGCUUGGAAGGAUCCCCCUUUGCUGUGUGCAUUUCUGCAGCACCUCGGCUGUGUACAUACAGCUCUACGUCAUGUCUCGGUGGACUACUGCCACCUUCUCUUUGACAUCAAAGCACAGACACAUGUUACAGAUACUUGCUGAUGUUAUAAUGGCACAGAGUAUGAGGUCUGAUAAUGUCAGAGGAUAUGGCAAAUUUAAAAAAAAAAAGUUGGAAAUGUAUAGAGUCACUCAAGGAGAAGGAACCGGACUGCGUGUGAGAAUGUAUGCAAAUGUAUGUGUGUGUCUCUCUGUGCUAGACAGAGCAGAGGGGUGUGUGUGUAUGAGCGCGUGUGCACAUGUGUGCGUCUACAGUGUCUCUGUGUGUACACAUAUAUGCACAUGCUUUGGAUUGUACAUGCCCAUGUGCAUGAGCCAAACAACAGAGCGGGAGGCUGAGUGUGUCUCUCUGUGGAAAUUUUGAAGUAAUGUGAUGCUUAUGUACAACUUGCCUCCCCUGCUAUUUGUGUUGAUAACAGAGAGAUUUACAUAAUUAUAAUGAACUAUUACUUAUUGUGAUUGUGAACCCAUAAAAGUGGACACCACCUUCUGGUACUGUGUUGAACUGCGCUCGUACCCCAAAACCCUGACAACCCACUCCCAAAAUCUUUAUUCACCUCAACACCACAUUGUGCUCACUGUAUAUGUUAAUGCUAUGUUGCCCCUUGUUAUUUAAAUGUAAAGACAAGUAUUAUUUGCCAUGCCCCCUUUCUGUGUUUUUGUUGAGUGAAUGCUUUUACAGUCACUCUCUCUGCUGCAGCUUGCUAAGUCUCCAACGGAAGAGAUGAUAAAAGAGUGAAAUCAGAGGCUCUAAUCAUUCCCAGUUAUCCCGCUCAUUACAGUGCAUCAGCACCCUCCUGAUCGAUCCCCCAGGUCCCCAAACCUCCUAUCUUUCUUACUGUGUACCUCCUUAAUUGCCUUAGCCUCUGCUGCCAAUUCCCUCUCACUCCAUAGAUCCUAAAUUCACCUCUCUUCUCUUCCCGGCUCCUGACUCCCUGCCUCUUUAUUGCUCUGCUUUUUGCCCCACUCUUGUCCCCACUCUCCUCUCUCUGGCCCUCAGUCCUCCCAUUCCUUCAGUCCCAGCGCAGAACUAACUCUGUUUUCUUUUUCUUUUCUUUUUGGUGAAGUACUAUAGAUUG